AUGCAGAAGAACCCGUGGUGGGCGGUGAACUUCGGCAAAGAUAUCGACAACCUGUGCCUGCACUUCAGUCCUCACUUCAAGGCACUGGCGGGCAUUAACACCAUUGAGUGCAGCAGCCGGAGAGCAGGUGCCUGGGAGCGGGAGCAUCGGGAGUCUGCCUUCCCCUUCGAGCCCGGAAGCGUGGUAGAGGUGUGCAUCACCUUCGACAAGGCAGAGCUGAUCAUCAAGCUGCCAAAUGGACACAUAUUCAAGUUCCCCAACCGCGUCAAAGUGGAGACCGUCGAUUAUCUGGGAGCAGGAGGUGACAUCGAGAUCAAGUCUGUGUCCUUUGAAUGA